AUGAUUCUCUCGCCAGGAGGUGUGGUGAUCGUGGAGUACAGUGAAAGAUCAGGUGGUUUCAGAAAAAAAAAUGGGGGAAAGGAACAGAGAUAUAAGAUGUUCUGGUCUCAUGCUCGCUGGCUGGGCCACGAAUAUGGGGUCAGUUUCAUUGCAAACAGCGCAUCAUACAGUAGGGUCAGUGUCAUUGCAACCAGCGCAUCAUCCAGUGGGGUCAGUGUCAUUGCAACCAGCGCAUCAUCCAUUGGGGUUAGUGUCAUUGCAACCAGCGCAUCAUCCAGUGGGGUCAGUGUCAUUGCAACCAGCGCAUCAUCCAGUGCGGUCAGUGUCAUUGCAACCAGCGCAUCACCCAUUGGGGUUAGUGUCAUUGCAACCAGCGCAUCAUCCAGUGGGGUCAGUGUCAUUGCAACCAGCGCAUCAUCCAGUGGGGUCAGUGUCAUUGCAACCAGCGCAUCAUCCAGUGGGGUCAGUGUCAUUGCAACCAGCGCAUCAUCCAGUGGGGUCAGUGUCAUUGCAACCAGCGCAUCAUCCAGUGGGGUCAGUGUCAUUGCAACCAGCGCAUCAUCCAGUGGGGUCAGUGUCAUUGCAACCAGCGCAUCAUCCAGUGGGGUCAGUGUCAUUGCAACCAGCGCAUCAUCCAGUGGGGUCAGUGUCAUUGCAACCAGCGCAUCAUCCAGUGGGGUCAGUGUCAUUGCAACCAGCGCAUCAUCCAGUGGGGUCAGUGUCAUUGCAACCAGCGCAUCAUCCAGUGGGGUCAGUGUCAUUGCAACCAGCGCAUCAUCCAGUGGGGUCAGUGUCAUUGCAACCAGCGCAUCAUCCAGUGGGGUCAGUGUCAUUGCAACCAGCGCAUCAUCCAGUGGGGUCAGUGUCAUUGCAACCAGCGCAUCAUCCAGUGGGGUCAGUGUCAUUGCAACCAGCGCAUCACAGCGCAUCUUACUGCAGUUGCUCCUGACUUGGUAG